ACUGACUUGCCUGUUACAGAACCGUCCAUCCCAACCGCUCUAGUCCACCUAUCAGCCCUAUAUAACGGUAGAGGCAGUCGUUCACGUCAAAGCAACCGCAACAACCACAGCGUCACUAUAUGAACAUAGUCUCGCGUCCUCAAGUUAUGCCCUCUCAGGACCAUAGCGGGCGGUUCUCAAGGGGGCACCACCGCGGCUCGAACAGCAGCGCAGCUGGUCAGAGCCUUGUCCAGCAUGGGCGUCACCGUAGUCACGGUUCUCUGCUAUCGCUUUCGCAGCAGGGCCCGUCAUAUCCGGGACAUUCUCAGGCACAAAUCACAUAUUUGCAGCCAAAAUUCUGCGGAUCCAAUGGAUCUCCGCCGUAUCACGCGUCAUGCCCCCCUGCUAGCGCUAGCCGCACGCAUUCUCUCUCGCAGGGCCAUCCUUGGAUGCCGUCCCCAUUGCCGCUGGAGCAGGGUCAUCAGGGCUCGUGCCAGACGCUACAACAACAGCAGCAACAGCAUAUCAUGCGGCUGCAUCAGCAGCAGCAAUUGAAGCUGUCGAUGCAUGAGCAUCGUAGCCAUGUACAGUUUUCCUCACAUCCUCCAUCGGCGUCCUCAACUUCACAUCAGCACCAAAAGUCCCAAGACUUUCCUCAGCAGCAGGGAUCGGGGCCCAUUGGCAUCAGUAAGAUAAUCCGAUCCCAUGCUCGCUCGCCGAGCCACCCCCACAUCCAGACGAGACCGUAUCAACAGCAAGCUCCAUCGCAGAAACCGCCACACCGCUAUGGUUUCACGCCCUGUCCCGAUGGUUCAAGACACCGCACACUAUCGUACUCCCUAUCAAUGCCGAUGAAACCACCGAAGCGGUCGGGAAUGCAUCAGCAGCAUGGUCCUCAGGACUACUAUUCCAAGGAUACGACCAUGGACUCGGACGCGUCGUCUGAUGCGGAGUCGAACGUUGAAGGGGCGCAAUGGACUCUUCAAGAGUAACGUCCAUCGAAUUCCCGAGACCAGCGUACUUCGUCCGCCUAUCCUCUCUCAUUAAGCAAGCUGUUGCAGUCGGUCUCAUCCCUGCAUAUUCACACGCAUCCCAUGCCAUCCUAAUUGCACUCUGCCCCGCUCAAAGGCUUUCCCUGCAAUUACAUUCCAUCCCGACCUGGCC